UUCUAGAGUAGGUGAAUUUUCGUUGCUUUGAUAUUAAAAGAUAAUAAUGGAGGUGUUAAAUCUUUCAAAUCUAGAUAAUGUUUACAGUGAAAUAUUCUUACAUACUUCAUCUCGAAGAAUUACGGUUAAAUAGUUUGUGAAGGACAUCUAUUGCUGUAAAGAUCACCUUUAUCAGAAUUGGAUUUAUUGUAACUACUUCGUUCCUGUUAGUUACGUUUUGGCGACAUGUGGCUUACCCAAAUGGUCAUUACAUUUUUAUGGACAAAUCAGAUAUGUUCAUUGCUGUGCUUAUAAAGAACUCUUAACCCUUUUAAGGAACGUUGUAAAACUGAAUAACAUUAAACAGUGUAGAUGUCAACUAAUACUUUCAACAUGAAUAUUAGAGUUGAGAAGCCGACCACUAGCAUUAACAAACCAAACAAAGUGAAGAAGCCUCCAGGUAUUUCAAAGAGUAGUCCAAAAAUAUUUAGAAACGUGACAGGCAAAAUUCCUUCAUCCCUAUGUGGCCAACAAAAAGAAGAAAGUUUUGUUUUUCUGGAACCUGAAGAAGCUAUAAUACUUAGACCUACAAGGGAGGAAUUUGAGGACCCUCUUGUGUUUAUUGCAACAAUAAGACCCUAUGCAGAAAAGUAUGGAAUAUGUAAAAUAGUACCACCCACAGACUGGAGACCAUCAUUUGCAGUAGAUGUAGAUAACUUUAAGUUUACUCCUAGAGUUCAACGAUUAAAUGAACUUGAGGCAAAAACCAGGAUAAAUUUUAAUUUCUUAGAUCAAAUAGCCAAAUUCUGGGAUCUACAAGGAUCAUCCCUUAAACUCCCUAUGAUCGAAAACAAGCUCUUGGAUUUAUACACCUUGCAUUGCAUUGUAAAAAAAUGGGGUGGAUAUGAACAUGUACUCAAAGAAAAAAUGUGGCAGCAAGUUGCUCAACUAAUGGGUCUCCCAAUGAAAAAAGGUGUUGGAGCUAUGUUGAAAAUGCAUUACGAAAGAGUGCUAUAUCCAUACGAUUUGUUUAAAUCUGACCAAUCCCAUGAUGUGAAAUUAGACGGAAGCCCCUCAUCAGACUUAAAAUUUGAAGGUAAUAGUGUAGAUAAAAAAGACUAUAAGCCACAUAGUAUUGCUAGCCGAAUGCAGAUUAAACCAUCCCCUGAAGUAAACCCCAGGAGAACAAAUAGAUUCGACAUAGAUGAACUAUCAAGUUACACUUGUGGGAACUGUCGUCGUGGUGAUGAUGAGGAGUGCAUGCUACUAUGCGACGGUUGUGACGAUAGCUACCAUACCUAUUGUUUAAUACCGCCUCUCGUGGAAAUACCAGAAGGAGACUGGAGGUGUCCCAAAUGUGUGGCCGAAGAAGUCUCAAAGCCUAUGGAAGCAUUCGGAUUCGAGCAGGCCAAGAGAGAAUACACGCUUCAAAAGUUUGGGGAAAUGGCCGAUCAAUUUAAGUCUGAGUAUUUUAAUAUGCCUGUACAUAAAGUCCCACUCGAAACAGUAGAACAAGAGUACUGGCGUAUUAUGUCAACAAUAGAUGAAGAUGUCACAGUUGAAUAUGGGGCAGAUUUACAUACCAUGGAUCACGGUUCUGGUUUUCCUACUGCCAGUUCUGCAAAUUUAUCCGACCUGGAAAAACAGUAUGCGGAAUCUGGAUGGAAUUUGAAUAAUUUACCCGUUUUACCAGGUUCUGUACUAGGCCACAUCAAUGCAGAUAUAUCCGGAAUGAAGGUGCCUUGGAUGUACGUCGGAAUGUGUUUUUCUACAUUUUGUUGGCAUAACGAGGACCAUUGGAGUUAUUCGAUCAAUUAUUUGCAUUGGGGAGAACCUAAAACUUGGUAUGGAGUUGCUGGUAGGCAGGCAGAAGAAUUCGAAGAAACCAUGAAGUCUGUAGCGCCAGAAUUAUUUCAAGCUCAACCUGAUUUACUUCACCAAUUAGUUACAAUAAUGAACCCAAACAUAUUGAUGAACAAUGGUAUUAAAGUAUAUAAAAUGAAUCAACAUGCUGGUGAAUUUAUAGUAACUUUUCCUCGCGCCUAUCACGCUGGAUUUAACCAAGGGUAUAAUUUUGCUGAAGCAGUCAACUUCGCUCCCGCAGAUUGGUUAAGUGUAGGUCGGGAAUGCGUUUUACAUUAUUCUAAUUUGAGAAGAUUCUGUGUUUUCUCCCAUGACGAAGUCGUGUGCAAAAUGUCAUUGAAUCCCACGCAGUUAGAGUAUACCCUUGCAGUUGCUACUUAUAGUGAUAUGUCAGUGAUGAUAGAAAUAGAGAAAAAAUUGAGACGGGCAGUAGCAGACUCGGGUAUUACAAAAUCGACUGCAGAACCGUUCGAGUCACUUCAUGAUGAUGAAAGGCAGUGUGAAAUAUGCAAAACGACAUGUUUCUUAUCCGCUAUAACAUGUGACUGCUCUAUCGACAAACUAGUGUGUCUAAGACAUUUUAAAAAUUAUUGUGAAUGUCCCCCUGGUAAUAAAACUUUGAGGUACAGAUACAGUUUAGAAGAACUUUCACAUAUGCUUCAAAAUUUGAAGAAGACGAUAACACAAUCGAGUGAUACGUGGAUUGUAGUGUAACGUAAGGUUUAAAUUCGAAAUUACCAAAGAAAUAUUAUACAGUUUGUCCGAGAGUUUCGUCAAGAAGAUAGUAUUAGAAGGUUUCCGAAGUCUGACUUUAAGAAAUUUAUUACUACACUUAGUACAUCUCAAUUAUAUAAAAUGCUCGCUUGACAUUUGACUGAUGAUGGGAUAACCCUCUUAUUUCACUAGGUAGUUUUAUUUUCAAGCAACGUUGAGGCUAUAAUUUGUAAUGUGGAUUAGACUACCAGUGUUAGCUAUUUAAUAUAUUAUGGUAAAAUAUUCGUGGAUGAUAGUAAUCGUUUUUCGUCAAAGAUUUUGAGACACCGGCAUUGUACUCAUCAUUAUUCAAACCCGUAUGUUGGUAACAUUAUAUUUAUUUAUUAUUCUAAGCAUUUAUUCUUCCACAUUCUUAUCGAAAAAAACCUUAAGGUUUGUUUUAUUCGGUAAAUUGCAAAGCCAACUAUAUCAUAGUACCAAAAUAUUUCAAUGUUGACUAUUGCAGGUUUGACGGGAAAGAAAAUACUUUAGAUGAAGAAAACUAGUCUUUGUUAAAUAUAUUUUAUGGAAAAAGUCCUUUAUCCGUUUAAAUUAAUAAACUUAUGACUGAUUCAAGGAUUAUAAUAUUCAAUUUCUAUUGUCGAAUAGCACGAAACAGUAAUAAAUGGGUCACCUUAACUGAAUAUUUAUUUCCAUAUGUUUAAAUAAAAAUUAACAUUGCUCAUAAUCUAAUCUGGGCCAUCUAUGUCAUCUUUAGAUUUAGUCCAGUUACUGAUGGUUUUUACCUCCGAAUUCUUUAUAACUGAAUCGAUUCAUUUGAAAUUUUGUGUGUUGGUAAAUAAUUACUCAAGGAACAAAAGUUAUAUAGUGCCGAUGUGUGCUUCCACCCUGGGGUGUUUGACACUCCUUUUCGAGGGUGGAAAUUUUUUCACUCAAAAUAUCAAAAUAACCACGCUAUUCGAUAGAAGGACAAAUUUCAAACAAAAAACGUAGUAAACAUUUUUUGUGCUAGAUCACUACUUUUUGAGUUAUUCGCUGUUGAAAAGUGUCAUUUUUCGUUAAAAAAAAAAUGUUUUUCAACGGUUUUUUAAGAAUAGCUCUGAAACUAAGAGUUUUAUCAAAAAAAGUGUAACAACUAAAAUUAAAGCUCAUAAAAAACAAAAAGAUUGGCUUUUUAAUGAAUAUUUUCAGUUCAAUAUUAACUGAGUUAUGGCUGUUCAAAGAAGGUUUGUUUUUGUCUUUCAAUACGAGUAUUUAACGUUAAAUACCGGAAAACGGGUACAUUUUUCGACAAAAACUCAUAAGUAUAAUAUUUUUAAAAGAGCUUGAAAAGACCUGUAAAGUGAGUGGUGGUAAAAGUCCUUUGCACCAACUGUACGUUAGGUACGAUUUAAAAAAAAACGCAAUAAAACUAACAUCAUGUUCACUAAGAUUGAAAUAAAUUGUUUUCCUUAUAGAAUUCACUUUAUUUUAGUGUUUUUUGUAUGAUCCAAUAGUUUAGCCACUUUAGAAUACUCAAUUUUUGAAAAAAGUAUGAUUACAUUUUUUUGUGUAAAUAUUAAAAAAAAAUUAUUUUUUAUAACUUCAAAACUAUAAAAGAUCCGUAAAAGAUGACACAACACAAAAAAACAGGUUUUUUUUUUCAACAAAAAUUUUCGUUUUUUAAUUUUUUUUGUAGCUUAAUAAAUAACGGAGGUAUAGUUGGUUGAAGUUUGCUUUAUAGCGCAUGAACCACUGGUCUCCGACCCUUUGACCCUUCACCCUUUAAACAUUAAGGGCUGUAGAAUGUUUUAACAUUCCUAUACUUAUAGCCCAUUAAAUUACCUGUCAAAUCGUUUUGUUUAUGCAUGUUGUAGCAUCAAAAUUAACCGAAUUAUUGUAAAAAAAACCAAUAGUACUUUUUGGAAAAUUGGAGCAUUUCGACGGAACUAAUAGACAUUUAAUAUAUACA